AUGGCCAGUAUGACUCGAAGCAAGGGUCAAGUUUAUAGUGUCGGAAACUAUCUGAUGACCGGUAAAGUUCUAGGGAAGGGACAUUUUGCCAGAGUGGAAGAAGCAACACACAGAAUCAUCGGAAAAAAGGUAGCAAUUAAAAUAGUCGACCUCACUUGUAUUAAGGAAGAGUAUGCACGUAGGAACUUGCACCGAGAGCCGAGAGUGAUGUCUAAGCUUCGACACCCUUGUAUUGCUGCGUUAUAUGAGACAAUGAUGCACGGGCCUCGAUUAUACGUGGUGAUGGAGGCCGCGUGUGGUGGUGACCUUUGUUCGCACGUGUUACAAGCGCGCGGAUCUGCGCGGGGACUCCCCGAGCCCAAAGCUCGCGCGCUUGCGGCUCAGUUGGUGUCUGCCGUGCGGCACAUGCACUCGCGUGGAGUUGUACAUCGGGAUUUAAAGAUGGAAAACAUCAUGUUGGACAGCACUAAGCAGUAUAUCAAAAUUGUGGAUUUCGGUUUAUCGAACGUAUGGCGCGCGGGAGGGGCGCUGGCGACGCCAUGUGGUUCGCUAGAGUACGCGGCACCCGAGUUAUUCGAAGACGGCCGUCGGUACGGACCCGAGGUCGACCUGUGGAGCAUAGGUGUGAUAGUGUACGGAAUGGUGACUGGUGGGCUGCCGUUCUCAGCGACUGGUGGGGGCGGGGCGGGGGUAGGGGCAGUGGAGGGAGGUUCUCGCUCUCACUUGCGCGCUGCCAUUGCGCGGGGCAUGACGCGGCGCCAGCGCUCAGCGCUUGCUUGCGUUUCCACAGAAUGUAAGAACUUUAUUCAGCAACUACUGGAACCGAAAGUGGACCUUCGGAUGAAGAUAGAGGAGGCCGCGAGACAUCGGUGGGUCAAAAAACCCGGGAUGAGAAUGAGAACUCACCCUCUUGCCGCUGUCGACUCGAAGGCUAACAGAGAGAUAUACAGACAGAUAUCAGAGCUAUGCGGUCAAACGUUUAUGGAUGUAGUGGCACAUAUAAAAGCUGACCCGUUCGGCGCGAUCGCAGGCAUGUACAACAUUAAAACUCAUCUGCAUCAACUACAAUCUACAUCUAUAGCGGAUCUACUCUGGUCUGCCAACCCCCAGGAACCAAGACCUCAGACUCCGCCAGAAUAUCGAGCUAAAUAUGAAAGAAUUGCUCGAGCGGAAGUCUCUAACUCGAUGACCGAAUCGAAGAAAAGUCCAAGAUUAAUGAGAUCAUUUGGCGUUUACGGUCUAAAAAAGCCCGUUUUCAAAGUGUAUGAGAAUGGAGACGGUUUGGACAGACGUUUGCCGAGUAUUGACGAACAUUCCAACUUAGAAGUGACCAAGAAUUCGUGGCGUAUCAGGAACACAUCUGGUAAAGUCGGUUUGGAUGAGCCAAUGAGAUUAAACAGCUGUCCAAAUAGAAUGAGCGAUGUUAAAAGAGAUUGCUUUUACAAGCGAGCAGGGGAUGGAUUUCAAAGUUGGCGAAGCAACGUCACCAGUCCAACGACUAGAAUACUUCUUCAAAACGCGGCAACAACAAUCAAGCGUGCUUCUUUGGGGAACAUCGUGAGUCCACAUUCAUCGACGAACAGUCAUUGUAAAAGUGAAAGAGCUAUGCCGGUCGGAUGGUAUCCUACGAGACCUGUCAGUAAAGAGACUCAGUCACGGCUGCGGCGGACCGCGCUAAUGAAAUAGAUAUUGAACUGUAAUAAUAUACAUUUUUUCGAAGAACUUAUUUUUUUAAUACAUUUAAAUUCUUUGAGCGACGUUCAUUGUAACUUUAAGUGAAUAAAUUUAUUUUCUUUUGAUAAACAUCAGUGUUAAAAUUUGUAUGGUAGAAAUUUGUUCUAAUGCUAUGUCUAUUGAAUAGACAAAUAUAUUACACAUA